CGGUUUUUGUAGUGCACUCAAUAAACUUAUACCAAAAUCAAGCCUACAAUACAAUCAACGGUUAACAAAUUGAAAAGAUGGCGCCAUACCUCGAUCUAUCCACUGAGCAACUGAAUGUUUUUCUAAACUUCGCUGCAUCGAACCCUCACCUGGCUUUUGGGCGAGUCAACUCGAACUCUGACGAUCAGUUCGAGAGCGAAUUUAAAUGGAAAGAGCUGAUGCGAGACAUCAACUGCUUGAACCCAAGUACGCAAAGGGCUCGCGGCGUAAAGGAAUACAAAGCGUACUGGACAAAGUUGAAAAGUAAACUUUCCGUUAAGAUGAACCGAGCUCGCCGACAGCUGAACAUGUCUAAAAAGCCGGCCAAGCUGGCCUUGCAUGACUACGAGAUACGAAUGUUCAAUAUGAUGCCUAAAAACGCUAAAGAUAAAUUUCUUGUGAUUGAAGCCAUUGAGGAUAAAAAUACUAGCAAGAACAAGAUUAUAAUAAAACAAGAACCGACCGUACCUUUUCCACAUGAAGACAUAAAUAAAAAAGUGGAAACGGUUCUCGAAGGACUUGAAAUAAUUGCGGAUUCCAUACAAAAUGUGGCUCGGUUGCAAGUCGAGCUUACUAAAGGGCAGAUCAUAAUGGCAAAGGGUUUGAACAACAUGGCGGAGGUAUUCAAGAAGAUCAAGCAAAACUACAGUGAACUUUACAAUAAUAAUCAUAAUCAGAACUAAAUGUACUCUUAUUGUAAAACCAGAUUUAGAUUUGUCUGACGCAUUGUGUCAUCAUGACGCAUCAGAACGGAAUCAGUUUCAUAAAUAGGUCAAGGGCUUAACUCAGUCAGUAUCUGCGGUAUGAGAGCGACACGGAAUGGGUAACAUUGACAUAUUAUGGCGUGAUAGAAUAAAGCAUAUUAAGAAGUCUCGCUGACGUUUGACAUCGCAAAAACCUUCUUCAGUGCCACUCUUAUAUCUCAAUCACUGAUUGAGUUAAGCGCUAGGUCUAUAGAGUGUUACGUCGUAUUACCAGAGUAAACACAAAUGAGUCAAAUGGUCAUCUUCAUAGAAAUUUAGCGUGGAUUAACGGUGAGGUGCCCUGAAUGUUGUCAGUGUGUGCGUGCGCGCCGCAUACGUAUUGGCGCGCUCACAUACAAACCGCGCUCGGGCGUUUCUAUGAAGAUGACCUACUCAUUUGUAUUUACUCUGGUAUUACGAUGGCUUCUGACGUGUCACAUAAUAUGAAACUGAUUCCGUUCUGAUACGUCACGUCAUAAAACACGACACGUCAGAAAAAUACAAAUGCGGCUGACUUAUGAAAGACAUGUUUUUUGUGAAAUUAUGAUUACUUAUUUUAAGUUUGGAUCUCAUAAUGUUGAUGUUGAUUUGAAAUCAUUCAAGAAUAUUGAUUAUUGUAAUUUAAUUUGAUUAAUUACUUGUAGGCUACAAUUAUGUUUAAUCCAAAGCUAAACUUUAAAAGUAAUUUAAUGAACAAGUAUUAAGUUUAGGAAUGUAGGUUUAAGAAAUAUCAAUGAUAAGUUUUGUUUUUUGUAACAAUUAGGUAUGUUUUUUUAUUUCAGAGAAUUGUUAAUUUUGAGUUGAAUUUGUUUUUUUAUAGAUUUUUAUAAAUCCUCUUGGGACUAUGUUUUGUAGUAUUUAAGAUAAACUUGACAAUAAUUAUGUUCAGAAUAUUUUUUUUUAUAAUUUACUGCCCGUUUUCACCAUCAAUCCCUAUCUUCUAAGUGACCCCUAUCUAUGAAAACAAAAUUCCUGUUAUGUGUUACCUUAUGGGUCACUUAAAAAUAAGGGAUUGAUGGUGAAAAUAGUUCCAUUUUUCAAAUGAUGCCAUUAAUAUCUUGCGCUCUGUAAAGCUUAGAUGUAAAACUCCUGUAACUUUACCUGUUCAAAUUCUCAGAUCGAAAACGCUAUAUCCUACCAAAUGUAUGAUCAUUAUGAUUAGUAUCCCAUAAAUAGGUAGGUACAUUUUGAAAAGUAUUGAUACCUUUUACCUUAUUUCAGCAGGUACAUAGGGUAAACCGACAGUCAUUGGACGCUGCCAGUCAUUGGACAAAACAACCCUUGAAUUUUCUUAAAAUGAAUAUUCCUUCAAAUACAAUGACUAUUCCUUAAAAAAAUCGCCCUUUUAUCUCCAUCAGUCGGAAUCUCUCAGUUGUUGAAAUAUAAAUGCAAUUUUAUUCAACUGUCCAAUAACUUUCUUAAGUGUCCAAUGACUGGCAGUUUACCCUAUUUG